AUGCCGCUGAUGAAAAUUUCCCCCUUGCAAGGAGGGAGGGAGAGAGACACAACAAUAAGAUUGCCCGAGGAUUGCGCGAUUUUAUCCCCGGAGCGGCUGUCAACAUUAGUUGUCUCAUGGAUGUGUCGGCCAACUCCUGUGCAUCAUGAUCAUCAUCAUAUCAUUGAGAAGGAGGGGAAGAGGUUGAUCGACGGGGUAUGGAGGGGACGGUACGGAGUACACAAACCAACAAACAUUGGGAUGGAUGAUGAAAUCCGGGGAAGUCAAACUAUCGUCACUCUCUGGAGGGGUCCAGCUUCUUUGUCCGGCCUCAGGUGCCGCCGUCCGUCCGUCUGGAUCUCCCGGGCAAUGGAUGCAGAGACCAGUCAGCUGCGGGAAGUGUUUCCUGCCGGAGGGCUGACGAGGGAUCCCGGGGAACAGGCAGCGGCCUCCCCCAGCUCGUCUGAUAGGUACGCAGCCCCUAAGCCAUACCAGUCAGAUUAA